AUGGCGGCGGCGGCGGCGGGACGGGCUCUGUCUGCACGGGCCCUGCCGAGGCUCCAGCUGCUCCCUGCCCGCGCCUGCGGAGACGCGGCGGGCUGGGACCGGCGGGAACGCUCCUACUGGCGGGCGCUGCGGCGCCGGGUGUUGGGCCCGCCCGUACCGCCGUUCGCCGCCCCGGUGCAGGUGGGAGCUCCGGUGCUGCGGGGCGCCGCCGCCGCCGUGUCCCCGGAGCAGCUGGGCGGCCCCGAGCUGCGGCGGCUGGCGGCGGCGCUGGCGGCCGGGCUGCGGGAUCGGCCGUGCCUGGGGCUGAGCGCUCCGCAGCUCGGGGUGCCGCUGAAGGUCUUCGCCGCGGAGCUGCCGCCCGCCCGCUGCGCCCGAUACCCGCCGGCGCUGCGUGAAGCGCACCGUAUCGAGCCCUUUCCGCUCCGCGUCCUCGUCAACCCCGCGAUCCGCGUCCUCGACACCCGCCUCGUCACCGGCCCCGAGGGCUGCGCCAGCAUCCAAGGCUUCUCCGCCUACGUCCCGCGGCACUGGGCCGUCCAUGUCUCCGGUCCCCCACUCUCACACAGUCACCCUAUUCUCUCACAGCUCCUCCCACUCUCACACGGGUCCCCUUUUCUCCCCUAAUCACCCCCCAACCCACCGCUACCGCGGGCACAGGCGUGGACGAGCUGGGGAUGCCUG